AUGGGCCUAGUGGACGAGAGGUUGGUAGGAAAGGGGCAGUACUCUGCGGCUGUUUACACCAGUAAACACAUUGCAGUAGCAACGCCACACUCGAUUGCUGGCUAUUCGAUCCGUGACGGGGUUCUGGAGUACGAGAUUGCUACUCCCGGGGCCGUGUCUUCGCUGGUGUGGUCUCGGGAUCGAGGCAUGCUCGCCGUAAUUGCCAAUGGCCGUUGUUAUCUACAGAGCGUAAAGGAUCGGCGGAAAACAUUCGAUUUCGGUACGACCAGUGCUAAUUCGGUAGCAGCCGCUGGCCAAUAUAUUGUCGUGGCUUCUAAACGGCGUCUUCGCUACCUUGUACCGGGCCCGGUUUUUGAGAACUCGCUGCGAGAACUCUCGCUGGCAGUGAGCAUGCUUGAUUUAUCGGCUACCGGCAAAGCAUUGUGUGUGGUCAAGAACAAUCAGGUGGCAAUUGUAGACUUGACUGCUCAACGAGUACUGCAGGUUCCUUUGACCCUUCCUGAACCGCCUAUUAAAGUUGCUUGUUUCGAGUCCUCGGGCCUCGUAAUUUCAGGGAAAAGAGGAUACUUUUUAACAAUGUCCGGCAAAGUUGUCGCAGUCAUCGACUGGAAAGAUACUCCACUGGAUAUAGCGCCAAUUGAUGAUGGUGUGUUUGGCGUUCUAGUGAACGGGAAACUAGAGGCACGAAACCCGCUUACUGGGUACCUACUUGCUCAGAUAGAUUGCAACGGUUCUUCACUUGCCAAAAACCUUGUAGUUGGCUCAGAAAUCAUUGGCGUUCGCUUUCACAUCACUGCUGAGGAUGUUUUAUCUUUGGACAUCACUGAAGCUGUUCCUUUGGUAGAUCAAUUGCCUGAAAUUGCUGCUGAUCCACGUAUAAGGAUACUCAGAACAGAAUAUGCAGACACUUUGGUGGAUGAGGGAGAAAUAAGUCGAGCAUUGAAACUCUACACAGUCGCCGAGACACCGGUUCAACAAGUUGUGGCCAAACUUCGCCCCAUUAUCGAGUCAAUACCUACUGAAGAAUCGAAUGACAUGUCUUCAGUCUUUUCCAAUCGCACAUCUCGCACAACUAACUCAAACCCCACAGUCGAGUCCACUGUUCGCUAUCUUGUCCAAGCUCGCCGCAAGUUGUUUAUUCUUGCGGCAGCUGAGGAGCGGCCCGUUAACGCUGAGGAUGCUACAGCAGUAGAUACGAUGCUGUUUUUGUGUUACAUCAAAAUUCACUCGCCGUUAGUAGGACCUCUCGUAAGGGUAGACAAUUUUUGCGAUGUUGAGACUGUUCGUUCUACCUUGUUGAGCAUUGGAAAAUGGAAAGAGCUGGCAACGUUUCUCAGUGGCAAAGGACUACACGUUGAAGCCCUGGAGCUUCUUCGUGAUAAGGCUAAUGACCCACAAAUAAUCGAUUAUCUCGUCCGGUUUGCUGCAGACGAUUAUGACUUGACUACAAAAUUCUCACGGGGACCGAUCUCCAGGUCCCCACAACUCGCGAUUACUUUGUUUGCCAACUCAAAACUCAACAAGGUCAAAUUAAACGACUUCUUAGCCGACAUCAACGAGUCAUUGGCUUGGGAGCUACUGGAACGAUGGAUAAGAGACGGCGACCAAACAAGCGAGCUUCAUACGCGAUGGGCUAUAAAGCUUGUUAAAGACGAAAGCCCUGAAACAGAAAUGUUUUUGCGACAGAGUAAGAUCUACGACGCUAAAAAAGUUCUAAAAAAUGUCACAGACCCUCUUCUCCAAGCUAUACUUUACGGCCGGUUGAAAAAACACGACAAGGCGAUCGAAUUGUACAUCACGGCUCGAGAGUACGAUUUAUGUGAAGUAUAUUGUGAUGAAAUUUAUAAAGACUCAAAAGAAGAAGGAAUAAAAGCAGUGCAGACGCUGUACAAUGUUUUGUUGGAGACGAAUACUACUGAUCGACUUAUCUCACUACUUAAUACUCAGGGCACCCGACUGGAUUUUUCUGAAACACUCGAAAAAUUACCAAAAGAUCUACCUUGUGACAGCAUUGUUCCGUUUCUCAUGCUGGCGACCCGUAGGCUCAGUCACAACGUGAAAACCAGCCAAAUGGAAGUUGCCGCAAGCAAGGUUUAUCUGGGUGAGCAAGCCUUUGCAGCAGUCAAAGCUGCACAGGUUUCUGCUACUGUAACUAGCACCACCACUUGUAGUGUGUGUCACAAGCGGGUCGGAAAGUCUGUGAUCGGACUCACAGAUCAUGGAGUUGUACAUUACGGAUGCCUUUAG